AUGUCUCAAAAUUCGGAGAAUUCGUCGCCAUCAAGACGAUAUACAUUGUCAUCAUGGAUACCAACACAAUAUAUCAUCAUAGGAUCCGUUGUUCUUAUUGGUUUAUUAAAUAUGUACAAAGGCUUAUUUCGAUUCUCAUUUGGAUUUAUGGCUGGUGCUGGUAUUGGCGGUGUACUCGGGUUUGUCUUUGCUGAUAGUCCUGUAGGACAAUACAUAUCGAAACGUAGAUCGAAAUCUCAACAAACAUAA